AUGAGUAGACCAGGAGCUUGGGCCACAGUUUGGUCAAAUUUCUUGAAGUAUAUCCGGAAGGAUUGGGCGACUAAGCACUACGUUGGAGAAGAUCACGUUGGUCAUCGAUAUUACGAAUUAGUUAAUACUCGUCAGAAUGUUACCAGAGGGUUUGAUCCGCCUCGGAACAAACCCGACUCACAACCCGGAGUGGAGUGGCAGUCUUGGCUGAAGGGUACGCGGCGGUUCCCACCAUCAGACCAAGAGCUGGCAUUGAAUCAGAUGAGAGGGAAAGCACAACUUGCGCAAAAUACCGUGACAGAAAAGCGAGCACCGCGCAUAGAUACAAAGGAUCCCCCUCCGGACAAAGAUAAGCCGGCGCCAUUCCCAAAAUACGACGACAUGGAGUCAGCGCCUGGGGUGAAAAAGGGGUGCUUACCACAUCUCUAG